GUGGAGGCAGCAGCAAUGGAAGGCCAUACAGCACCCUAUCACAAAAUGGAACCCACCAACAGUGUAAGGAGACCUGAAAGUGGCACAUGGCAGAGUCUGGCGAUGAAGUCAGCAGCAAUGGGAGGCCGUACAGGGACCCAUGACACACUCUGGACCUGGCAGCAGCAAGAGCAGGCGGCCAUACAGAGGCCUAUGUUAAAAAGUCCCCCCAGCAGCAGCGUGGGGAGACGACUAUCAAGAGUCCAAUGGCAGAGUGGCGGAGCGGAAGCAGCUUCAAUUGAAGGCCAUACACAGGCCUAGGUUAAAAAGUCCCCCCAGCAGCAGUGUG